UCGAUUUUUCUUUUAUUCUCGCAGACAUGGUUGAUUGCAUUCGUAUCGCAACAAAUGAAAUGGAAUACAAGUAAAGGGAUGAUCAUGAAGGAAAGCUGAAAUGGGGAAAUAGCAAUGUUGUGAAUUUUGGAGUAUUUUAAAUGAUGGAUUUGCAGGCAGCUCUUGUUCUUUGGGCUGUAAUCUUUGAAUUGACUCUGACACAGGUGCCCAGCAGUAAGUCAGGUGUAUGUCAGUGCCCGGAGCACCUGUUUACCUGUGGUAACUGUGUAUGUAUCCCCCAUCACUGGGUCUGUGACAAGGAUGAUGACUGCGGCAACCACAGGGAUGAGGAUUCGUGUGGUUUAGCUCCAUCUUGCCCAGAUGAUUAUUUUACCUGCCAAAAUCAUAGAUGCGUGAAGACAGAGUGGUUGUGUGAUGGGGAUAAUGACUGCGCAGACAACAGUGAUGAGCUAGGGUGUGACAAACCUGAUGCACAGAACUGUACCAGCCAGGAGUUCCAGUGUAACAAUGGUAAAUGUAUUCCAGAGAAGUGGAAGUGUGACCAUGACGAUGACUGCGGGGACGGGUCAGAUGAAAUAUGUGCAGGUUUCUCGGCCACCUGUGGUCCUAACCAGUUCCAGUGUGGGGAUGGUAUGUGUAUCCACAAGGGCUGGCGGUGUGACAAAGAUGUGGACUGUUCUAACGGAGAGGACGAACAGGAUUGUUAUGCUGACCAACUGUUCUGCAGCAGGCAGGAGUUUCAAUGUUUACAUUCCAAAAAAUGCAUUCCAAUGAAUCUACGUUGUGAUAUGAAAAAUGACUGUGGGAAUUGGGAAGACGAGAUGGAUUGUGGUGUUACAGAAGAUAACUGUGGCUUCUAUGAGUUUGCUUGUAGUAAAGGCAGUUGUAUUGACAGAGAAUGGGUGUGUGAUGGGGAUGUCGACUGUGAGGACAAGUCAGACGAGACCAACUGCACAUUACCAGUGUGUAGCAGUGGUCAGUUUACCUGUGACACUGGAGCUUGUGUGAAUGAGACGAAGAAAUGUGAUGGGAAUUAUGACUGCCCCGACAACAGUGAUGAAAGAAACUGCACUUAUAAUGACACCAAAUGUACUGGACUGGCCUCAUUUCAAUGCAACAAUGGAAAAUGUAUCAGUAUACAGAAAGAAUGUAAUGGUGUGGAUGAUUGCAGAGAUAGGACAGAUGAGAUUGGGUGUGUUGAGGAGGAUGUGUUGGUAUUUGCUCGGAGACAGUCUGUCCACAUGAUGUCAUUAUCAAGCUUUGAGUACCACACUAUUCCUGUACUAGACAUCAAACACUCCAUUGCAGUGGACUUUGAUCCUGUUGACAAACAAGUAUUCUGGUCAGACAAUGAACAAACAACCAUCAGCAAAGUCUACCUAGAUGGCUCAGGACAAAAAAUUGUGAGCACAGGGAUUUCCCAUCCAGAUGGCAUAGCAGUAGAUACAGUGAAUCGUAAACUGUAUUGGACAGAUACAGGGAAGGAUACAAUAGAAAUGUCUGAUUUAGAUGGCAAUCAAAGGAAAACUAUUAUCACAGACCAUUUAGAUGAACCAAGAGACAUUGCUGUGGACUCAAAGAACAAAAAGAUUUACUGGUCAGACUGGGGGAAGGUGGCAAAAAUAGAGAGAGCCAACCUGGACGGCUCAGGAAGGGAAGUGCUGGUAAACACUUCUCUAGGGUGGCCCAACGGAAUAGCCCUGGAUGUCCAGAAUAACAUGAUCUACUGGGGAGAUGCAGAGCUGAACAGAAUAGAGAUGGCUAACAUGGACGGAUCUAACAGGGGUGUUUUCAUGAGUACUGAUGUACCACACAUAUUUGGACUUAGUUUACUAGGGAAGUACUUAUAUUGGACUGACUGGCAGAAGCGAGUGAUUGAGAGGGUGAACAUUAACUAUAACUAUGACCGGGAGAUCCUGUUGACCAGUGUAGAUGAUCUGAUGGACCUCAAAGCUUUCACUGUCAAAAAGAAGAAAAAUCCCUGUAAAUCCACCCAGUUUAAGUGUCAGUCCGGUCAGUGUAUUGAUAAGAACCAGAGAUGUGAUGGGGCCAUGCAGUGUGUGGACCACACAGACGAAGUGGGCUGUAGUUACACCAAGCUCAGGGUGUGCAGUAUAGACCAGUUCCACUGCUCUAAUGGUCAGUGUGUCGGUAACCAGAAGAAAUGUGAUGAUGUGGACGACUGCGGAGACAACUCAGACGAAAGCGGAUGCAAUACACUAGGAGAAUCCUCCUGUAAGGAUAACAAUGGAGGAUGUGAUCACCUGUGUCAGAUUAAGCAGAUGGCUGUCCACUGUUCGUGUCGUAGUGGGUAUCAGCUGAUCGGGGACUGGCGGACGUGUCAGGAUAUAGACGAGUGUCAGUGGGAGGGGACGUGCAGUCAGCGGUGUACCAACACCCCAGGGUCGUACCACUGCUCCUGUGUCCCGGGCUAUCAGUUAAAGGCUGACAACAGGGGCUGUAAAGCUGAGGGUGGAAAAGCUUACUUGAUCUUUGCCAACAGAGUGGACAUCCGGAGAGUACUGACAGACAAUGCAGAACACGACUCCAUUCUGCAGGGUUUACAGAACGCUAUAGCCCUGGAUUUCCACCUCACCGAGGGCUAUGUCUACUGGUCUGAUGUAGCUCUGGACAAGAUCAUGAGAGCCUUCAUUAAUGGCUCUAAACCAGAGUCUGUGGUGGAGUACGGACUCAAGAGUCCAGGUGGUCUGGCCUUAGAUUGGAUCCAUAACAAGCUGUUCUGGACUGAUUCUGGUACAUCUGUUAUUGAAGUCAUGGAUCUGGGUCGUAACAAGUAUCGUAAAGUACUCAUCUGGAAUAACAUGGAGAAGCCCAGGGCUAUUGUUGUUCAUCCUAGGCUUGGGGUAAUAUUUUGGACUGACUGGGGCCACAUCCCUAAGAUAGAAAGGAGUUACAUGGAUGGGAGUGGGCGUGCUGUGAUAGCCAAUACCUCGCUGUUCUGGCCGAAUGGUCUGACACUGGACUACACCACGGACAAACUGUACUGGGCUGAUGCCAAACACCAUGUCAUAGAGUGUUCCAACCUAGACGGCUCCUCCAGAAGAACUGUCAUAAACUCAGGCCUACCCCAUCCGUUUGCCCUGACCCUGUUUGAGGAUGAGUUAUAUUGGACAGACUGGCACACUAAGAGUAUUAACAAAGCUAACAAGUUCACAGGAAAUGAUGUAGAAACAGUUCACAACAGACUUCAUUUUCCUAUGGACAUACACAGCUUCCAUCCUCAGAGACAGCCAGAGUCUCCAAACAGAUGUGGUCAGAUCAAUGGGGGCUGUAGUCACCUGUGUUUACCCAGCGCUGUAGGAUUUACCUGUGCUUGUCCUUCUGGGCAGCACCUACUGUCCAACAAACGCAACUGUACCAAAGAUAUGGCCACUUUCUUGCUGUACUCUACAUCCACCGAAAUUCGCAAAAUCAACAUGGACCCAGCAGCAGGUGUUGACCGCUCUGAUUCCAUUAUUCCCCUGUCUAAAGUUGGACAUGUGAUUGGUCUAGACUUUGAUGCUGAAGAGGAAUACAUGUAUUACACAGAUACUAGCCACAAGACAAUCAGUCGUGCCAAAUGGGAUGGAACUAGAGAACAGGUUCUAGUGGACACGAGGUUGAUCGUCCCAGCAGGCAUUGCUGUUGACUGGGUGGGGAGGAAACUGUAUUGGACAGAUGCUGAAUUAGACAUCAUUGAAGUGGCCAACUUGAAUGGAAGUGUUAGAACUGUUCUAGUGUGGAAAGGAAUGGAUCAACCCAGAGACAUCAUUGUAGACCCAGAAACAGGGUAUUUGUAUUGGACCGACUGGGGUAAAAAACCAAAGAUUGAAAAGAUAGGCAUGGAUGGAAAAGGAAGAAAAGCCAUUAUAAAAUCCGAUCUGAAGUGGCCCAAUGGUUUGGCCUUGGACAUUGAAGAAGAGAAGCUUUACUGGACUGAUGCUGGGACCAGUGUUAUAGAGUGUUCUGAUUUAGACGGCAAGAACAGGAAGAUGGUAAUCUCAGUGGAUGUACAGAGCCCCUUUGGGCUGACCGUGUACAAGAACAAGCUGUACUGGACAGAUCGUGGGGACAAGGGACUUCACUCUGCCGACAAAUCAAAUGGCUCCAACAUGGCGACACUUAAAACUAAUUAUGUCGACAUCUGGGAUGUGAGGAUGUAUCACAAGGACAGACCACAAGUCCACACAGGAUGUGGCACCAUGCAUGGGGGCUGUAGUCAUUUAUGCCUGAUCGCGCCACUACCCAGGGGCCAUUCCUGUGCCUGUCCCACGGGGAUACUGCUGAGGAAGGAUAACAGAACAUGCAAUACACAUAUGACCAAUUUCCUGAUAUUCGCACGUAGAACGGACAUUAGGAAAGUAUCUUUGGACGUUGACUAUUUUGCUGAUGUAGUGAUGCCAGUAAAACAACUGAGGAAUGUUAUUGCUCUAGAUGUGGACAUUGUUAGAAGAAAGGUUUAUUGGACAGAUACAGUGUUAGACAAGAUAAUGAGAGCUAACUUGGACGGAUCCCAGGUCGAGGAAAUCAUCAGUAAUGGGCUGGACACACCUGACGGACUGACCGUCGACUCUGUGGGACAGAAGCUCUACUGGACAGACACCGGACUCAACCGCAUAGAGGUGGCAGAGACAGACGGGAGCAAUAGAAAAGUCCUGUUCUGGGAAAAUCUGGAUAAGCCUCGAGCUAUUGUGCUUGUGUAUGAACUAGGGUACUUGUAUUUCACUGACUGGGGCGUUAACCCGCGUAUUGAGAGGGCCUGGAUGGACGGACAGAACAGGAAAGUCCUGAUUGACCAUGAUCUGGGCUGGCCUAAUGGACUGGUCAUUGAUAAACUGACCAGCAGGAUUAUAUGGGCUGACGCCAGAAUGGAGGUGAUAGGCUCUGCCGAUCUCAAUGGUGGCAACAGAAGACUUUUGGUGAAGGGGGUCAAACAUCCCUAUGGGCUUACUGUCUUCGGAAAUUACAUUUACUGGACAGACUGGCAGAAAAAUUCAAUCCUAAAGGCGGACAAAUACACAGGAAGUGACGUCGUCACACUCCGAUAUAACUUGUCAGGGUUAAUGGAUAUACAUGCUGUACAACUGGACACAGGAGAUUUAGAGAAGAUGAACAAGUGCCAGAAGAAGAAUGGUGGCUGCAGUCACUUGUGUCUUCCUAACCCCUCAGGGUAUUCCUGUAUGUGUCCCACAGGACUCAAACUAUUGAAGGACGGCAAGCAGUGCCAGAAAGUUCCGGAGAAGUUCCUGCUGUUUGCCAGUAGAGGAAGUGUGCGGAGGAUUUCGUUUGAUACAAACGACACAACUGAUGUCUUCUUACCCCUCAAGGAUCUGCAUAAUGUAAUAGCUCUAGAUUACGAUAACAGGGAUAAAAAGAUAUUCUACACAGAUGUUCACCAAGAUGUCAUCAAACGGGCAAACUUUGAUGGCAGUCAGUCUGAAGUAAUUGUGUCGUCCAAUCUAGAGACAACAGAUGGUCUGGCUGUAGACUGGAUAGGCAGAAAUCUGUACUGGACAGACACAGGUCGUGACAGGAUAGAAGUUGCCUGGUUGGAUGGGAGAAACAGAAAAACCAUUAUUAAUGAAAAGCUGGAUGAACCAAGAGCCAUAACUCUGUACCCCAAUAAAGGUUGGAUGUUCUGGACAGACUGGGGACACAAACCAAAGAUUGAGAAAUCAUUUAUGGAUGGAACUAACAGAAAAGUCAUUGUAAACACUGGCCUAGGGUAUCCCAAUGGACUUUCUAUUGAUUAUACAAUGCAGAGACUCUACUGGGUAGAUGCCAAAUUAGAUAAAAUAGAAACCUCAGAUUUUAACGGUCACCACAGAGUUAAACUGAUCAGCGAUGUCAUUCAUCCAUUUGGUUUGGCUGUGUAUGACCAGUACAUCUACUGGACUGACUGGCAGACAGAGCAGAUAGAGAGAGCCAGUAAAAUGACUGGGUUAGACCGGACGGUCAUCUCUAAGAACCUGGAGGGACUGAUGGACAUCGAGUUUGUGGCCCCAGACAGGCAGAAGGGUAAAAAUGGGUGUUAUUUGAGAAAUGGUGGUUGUUCUCACUUGUGUUUGGCUCGAGGUGACGGAUUCCGAUGUGCCUGUCCCGACAAACAAGACCCGAAGUGGCCCUGUGUCACAGUGCCUUACAAAGGGGAAACUAUAAAAAAGAACAGCAUCCAUGAUAAUGCAGAAGGUUGUAGUGCUGAGGAUUCAGCCAGAGGUCUGUGUGAAACCCCUUCUCCUUCAGUCUCAAGUACUGGGGAACAAGCAGGAACAAAGAAGGCCAUGAUUGGUUUAGGAAUUGGAAUUGUGAUCUUAGCCAUACUCAUUAUCAUUGUAGUCUUCAAAGUCAGACAGAGGAAGAAAAAGAGGCAGACUUACAGGGUUGAGAAUGAUGAACUGUCAUCUUUGACCUUUGCUAACCCCACUUACCAGAAAACUAGUACAGAGACCAUCAACAUAGAUAAAAAUUCCUUAUCCGGGUCACAGGAGUGGAAAAUAUUUAAAGCUAAUAAAAAGAAGGAGAAAGUGUCCUUUGUUUUACCUACCAAAGAUAAGGGUAUAGUUAAUUCAGAGAAGGCUGCCCUGGUUACGCAGGUGGACACCCACACUGCUGACCACUCCCAACAUUGUCCAGAGAGGGUGAUCAACAAAAAGAUAUUUAAACCAAAGACUGUCAAAGAUGUGAACAAGUCCAAAAACAGUGUUCCAUAUAAACAAGUGGAUACAUAGCACUGAUGUUUGGUAUUUACAUUGUGUAGACAACUUAUAACGGGUGUAGACAUUUGUUUCU